AUGUUGACAUUCGAUGUAAACAAUGCCAUGAGCGUGGCGAACGAAACGGAAUUUAAGUUAGUCGUACCAAAGAAGGGAAAGCAUCGAUCAAAAUUGAGAAGCAAUACUAGAUUGCCGGUUAACUUUGUGGAAAACUCACAUGGUAGCCACGAACAAGCGGCAGUUUGCGUCCAAACCCUACUCACGCAAUUGAAAACCGUAGAGCAGGAUCUACUACGAUCGGAGUUUUUCGAAGAGUGCUUCAAAAACAUUCAUCCAGUUUUAGUGGGAGUGGAACGCAUCAUCUGUCUGGGGUUAGGCAGUUUUCACGAGUGUACGAUUGCUCGAUACCAACUCGCGUUAAUACGCUGCCUGCGCGACAAAGCGAAUCUCAGUGUUAAAGGAGAGUUUUUCGAUCCGGUAUUCAACCGGUCGGAAGCAAUUGCUUUGCAAACGCUUAACGAAACAGUACUGCAGGAAAACCUCGAGGGAAAGUAUAUUGCUGAACGGAAGACUCUCUUCUAUCUGCCUCAUUGCCCGAAGCAAAUCGUCAACAACGUGCUGUGGAGAAAUUGGCAUCCGUCUCGGUUACGGAACGUGGUGUUGCUUUGUAACAGCUUCUCUAGCGUGGUGAAUAAUAUCCCUCAAAGGUUGCUGCAAAAAAGUGGUGGAUACAUUCUACGGGCAGCGGAUUCAUUUGUUGAAGUCCCGAUUAGGAACAUAUUCCGCUUUGGUGACAUUUUCAACGACACCUCUCUGCAUUACUUGAGACCGAGUGACCCUACCCUCGGUGUAGCGACCGUACUGGGUGGUUGGGAUUGUGCCGAAGAACCAUCGUACGAAGACGACGAUAUAGAGCUUAUAUCAAAGAAAGUGGUAGAAGCGCUUGAAUUUUUAUAAUUUUCAACAUGGCAUCGGCAGUUAGAGCAGCAAGCGGCAGUAGAACAUUGAAGCAGCUGUUGUACGAGCUGAAAAACAUCAGCUCGGUUGACG